AUGUCCUCUUCUACUCCCCAUCCUGAAAUAAUUUCCAUGGAAUUCUCCACCGGAGGUAGAGACAACUGCUACUACCGAAUCUUGGCAGGACGCCACGUCAAAUACAUCACUGUUGAGCCCGGUGUUCUAGACGCGGAAUCUCUCAUGGACAUGGCAUCGAACUUUGCAAACAUUCUGCCCCCUCUACCAUACUUUGAAAACAACUGGAACCAGGCUCAUAUUCAUCGCGCAACGCCCAAAGACGAACUCAAAGCAACACUCUCGCAAGGAAAGCUGGCAUCCGUCGACACAGUUUGGCACCCUACAAUGAUUGACUUCAUGGCGCUGCGAAAAACAGAGCGUCUCACCUUGCUGGCUGAAGAAACCGUCUGGCAGCGUGAGCCGCAUGCGCCCCAGACUAUCAUUGCAAAAAUGGCCACUUCUUCUGGGAGAUCGCUGCUCGACCAGCGACCGACAGGGCCAGAUGAUGUCGCGGUGUGUCGGGCAGAGCUGGGACGGAUGCACAGCCAUGGGAUACUUCACGGCGACGUGAACCGCUACAACUUCUUGAUUGGUGGAGACGGGGCUGCGACGCUCAUUGACUUUGAGAAGCCCCAGCUGGGGGCGGACAAGGCGGCGCUAGAAAAAGAAAUGGCCGGUCUGGAGUGGGAGCUGAGGGAUGAGAGUGGGCGGGGAGGCGGCUUUAUGGAGGAGGAGGAGCGGGAGGAAAUUGUAGACGCGGAAUAUGAAUAA